AUGCAGGCCGGUGACACCAGCUGGCUCAAUGCUAAGAACGGGGUCAGUGAGGACUGCUUGAAUUUGAAUGUCUGGGCACCCGACCAAACGAACGGAAAUCCACUGCCUGUAAUAGUCUACAUCUUUGGUGGAGGCUUUGAAGUGGGUGCAAACACCUCGGCAACAUCGAAUGGCUCAGGUCUUGCCAAAACUGGCCGGGCUGUUUGUGUGUCCGUCAACUACAGACUUGGCCCAUUCGGUUGGCUAUCGCUCUCUCAAUAUGGCGGCGUUUUUGCCAACGCCACCAACCUUGGCCUACAGGACAUGACCACCGCACUCAAGUGGGUGCAGGAGAACAUCGCGUGUUUCGGUGGCGACCCCCAAAAUGUUACUGUUGCCGGACACAGUGCCGGUGCCUACUCGGCCAUCGGCCUACUCGCCGCUCCAUCCGCUAGAGGGCUCUACAAGCGUCUUUCAGCGUUCUCGGGAGGCGCAUCCCGCAUUGUUCCAGCCUGGUGGGCUGAAGAACUGGCAAUGAAGUUCCUCGCCGCACUCGACAUCGCUGAUGAUCCUGAGCAACUGUUAAACCUAGACGCAAAGGUUCUUGCUGAGACACUCUUCAAGGUCACUCCCCGCGAUAUCGGUGACCGACAUGGUAUAGAUAAUACUACUAUCGGCAUUGUAGACGAUCGCUCUCAACCUGGAGCGAUUCUGGAUAGCACACCGCUGGAGGUGCUCAGAUCAGGGGCAUGCCGUGGAGUGGAUAUCAUCUUCAGCACGACGUCAAAUGAGGCGGACUGGUGGGUUCUCAACGCGACCGAGAAGUUCGACCCGGGCAGCAUCUCCAACAUAGUCGAAGAGCUUGUCGUAAAGUCGCGCAUUCCGAGAAGCCGCGCCAAAAGAAUCGUCGCUACGUACAAUGUCAACGGCCGCACUCCGGUCGAGGUGCGAGGGGCACUCUUCACUGACUACUUCUUCACCCUGCCCGCUGCCCGCGCAGCACUUGCACAUGCGGCUGCGGGUGGUAAUGCACGUCUGCUUACAGUUGGACCUGUCGAAGGUGCGCCUGCAGUACACGGUACAGAGAUGUACGGUAUUGUCGGUCAGCAGCGUCCUGAUUGUGGUGAUCAGCAAGUUACCCGGGAUGUCUUUGUUCGCGACGCCCUCCUUGACUUUGCUGAAGGCAACCACGAUCGACUUUGGGAGACUGUCAAGAACGAUCCAAUCUCACAAGGCGUCGGCAAACUAACAUAUGAACCUACAGCCCGUGCUAUCAAAGUGCUGGAAAUCUUUGAGCAUGUUGUGCGAACAUAG